CAGUAUCAUCCAUCAAUUUAAAAUUUGAUAACAAAUCAAAAUAAUAAUUAUUCUGAUCAAUUUUUGCAACAUUCAGUAUUAUCAAGACUUAAAAUGACUUCAAGUGAACACCAGGAAGAAAUACCGAAACGCCUACUGAAUCAGUUGUUGUACGUGGAAAAAAUCGUGAUCGGUCGGAAAAACUCCGUGCUUGCUGUGAUCACCACCGACCGGCAGUUGUUGGAAGUGAAAGAGCAUUCGAUUGUUACUGCGAUUGAUUUGACCAGCCUUGUUGUCGCCGGGAACCGUGAACCACCGGUAGUUUCUAGUAUUUUUGGAACACUGUCUCCCCCAACGCCGAUCGAUGAUGCGGCGAAAGAAGAUCGGAAGAUAAAUUUAACUAUGUUCCGUUCCAACGAUGGAAUCGACCGGAAGACAUUCUAUUUAUUGGAGAUCGAACGGUCUUUGGUGGUGAUUGAAAGGAAAACGUGUCCUUGCGUGAAAUUUGUCCACUACCAAACCUUUGAGGGUUUCAUCAAGCUUGAGAUAACGGAAAGUGACGAUCGACCUGGGUUUCCGGUGGUGAAAAUUUAUGUAGAACAACAAACCGAUCCGAUCGUAACAGAUUUCCAGGCUUACCGAUUGGAAGCCAGUGCUGCCAGUGUGAAUAGUUUUACCUGUUUCUAUGAGGUUUUGAAAACCCUUAAAGAGCGAACCAAUCAACGUCGCGCAGAACUGGCCGCGGUUCGAACUGUAAGUGGGGAACUGUUUGAACAGUUGAAUAAACGGCUGAAGCAGGUUCCAAGCUUGUUGCGAACGGAGAAUCCGGACGAAAAGCAACCCCUGGUGAAGUACGGAGACGUUUGGACCAAAGUGCAUAAUGAGCUGCUGGUGAUUGGAGUACCUGUAUUUAACUGCACCUAUAAAAGGCGACUAACCCUCACAAAUUUGAAAUUGAAAUUGUUCAACAACUCCGGUGUGCAACUGCAGCAGCUUGUUUACUCGUACAAGUAUUACCAAUUGAACGACGAUGAUUUCAACUUCAAAACCCCUGAACAAAUUAUGGAAGCUGAAGACGCCAUCUCAGAGUUUCCACUUUUCCAACAAGAGUGGGAGCAACCACCGGUAAACACGCUACACUCGGAGCAGACGGCAAUCCUCGUGGCCACCCUCCAGCUUUCCACCCUGGACCCCUUGCAACUAUCAACCCUUUACGAACUUUUCGUAAACUACAACGUGGCCACUGUUGAACAAGAUUCUUGCGACCGCCUUCAUCUAUUUCUGGGUUCAGUGGAAGUCAAACGAACGGAUCUAUAUAAAUCCAACCUUGCGGUAGCCUUCAACGGACGCGACACUUACAAAGAUUUGCUGACUGUUACGGCUACUUCCGAAUUUCUGGCAUUCGAAUUGGUCUUCCAAAAGACACCGAAUCGCGGUUUCGAUCGAUUUUGCAUCGAGACACUGAAGUUUCGUUCGGUGAACCUCGCCAGCUGUACUACAGAUAUUCAAAAGGAACUCCCAAACAUUCUAUAUUAUGACGAUAACGGUUACUGGCGCGCAGUGCUGAUAAGAUUAGAUGAGCUGAAAUUGACUAGACAGACAUUGAAAAUAUACAGCAGGCAUAGUCAUCAGAUAUUGGCACUGUUGCAUGCUGUCUACUCCGAUUACGAGGAAAAAUGUUCGAUUAGAUUAAUCGAGGACCAAACAACUACGCUAAUGGAACUUAAGGAAUGCCUUUUGAAUGAACUGGCUGCCAAAAUCGAAAACCCUACGGACGUUCGAGAGAUCCUCCAGCGUGAACUUAAAACAGAUCGCUUUUAUUUAAAAUCAUCUAUUUGAUCACACACGUUUCCUCAAUUUUAAUUUUACAUUGGUAAAUUCACAAGUCCAUCUCCGUUACCGUUACCGCGAUUGUCGAUACCGACGUGAAUGUUAACAAACUUGCCAAUCCGAUUAUCACGUUCGUCAUCAUCCGUUUCGUUUUCUGGCACUUCUGUUUCAUCGUCCGCUGCCAAGACACGCUUCUUCAAAGCCUCUUUCGGUGAUAGUUCAAUCUCAGCUCCAUGCUCACCCUCGUACGGUUCCGGUUCGUACUCGCCAUCUCCGUCGUGUAGAAUGUCCACGAAAAUUGACACCAAAGGAUCAUCGUCCGGAAUAUGAUGGGAACUGCUGGACAGGACGUAUCGUGGAUCGGCUUGAUCGAUUUCGGCUUGGACGUUCUCGGCAAGUGGGGCUGCCUGGAUGCAGGCAAUGAUGCAGAGCACUGCAAAGAAGACUAAAUAUCUCAUGUUGUUUGUUUUGUAACGUUAGACUAGCGGCAAAUGAAAAACUUCGAUC